CGACCAUUGCGUAAGCAAGGACAACCAAUUGUUUCCUUGGCCCACAUACGAAGCCGCCGCGCCUGUGGGCGUUUCUGAGUCGAGGGGGAGUGGCUCGCCAGCGAGAAAGACGGUUUCAGGCCAGACUGUGGCGCCAUGGAAGAGUACGCUCGCGAACCUUGCCCAUGGCGAAUUGUGGACGAUUGCGGUGGAGCCUUCACUAUGGGUGUCAUUGGUGGUGGAGUCUUCCAGGCUAUCAAGGGCUUUCGCAAUGCCCCUGUUGGAAUUCGACACCGGCUCAGAGGUAGUGUCAAUGCUGUAAGGAUCCGGGCACCCCAGAUCGGAGGUAGCUUUGCAGUGUGGGGAGGCCUAUUUUCCACCAUUGACUGUGGCCUUGUACGGCUGCGGGGCAAGGAAGACCCCUGGAACUCCAUCACCAGUGGAGCGUUGACUGGAGCAGUGCUGGCUGCACGCAGUGGUCCACUAGCCAUGGUGGGCUCUGCGAUGAUGGGGGGCAUCCUGUUGGCCCUCAUCGAGGGUGUUGGCAUCCUUCUUACUCGCUAUACUGCCCAGCAGUUUCGCAAUGCACCCCCAUUCUUGGAGGACCCCAACCAGCUAACCCCUAAAGAGGGAGCUCCGGCCCCAGGUUAUCCCAACUACCAGCAGUACCACUGAGGAACCCGCUGCCUGCCCCUGCCAUCGUGGGAGCUGCUCCUCAGUUCCCUCCUGGACGAUCUACCUCCAAGGGAGGACUGGCUCCUACAUAGCCCUGAGCCCUUCAGAGAGGGCCUCUGCUCUACUCCCUUGUUCUGUGGUAGGGGUGGGGGCACCCCAGCAGCCUUGUCACAUGGGUCCCCUUUUUUGUCUGUCUCUCAGGGUACCUCAGCCUCACACAUGUAACAAUCUUUAACCCCAGAUCUUCGUGUGGCACCCUGAUGAAUGUUU